AUGCGUCCUUCAACCUCCACCAACGUCGCCCUGGCAGCACUGCUGGCAGUGCUGGGUGUCGACGCCCACAUGAUCAUGAGCAAGCCCACGCCUUACAACUUGAAUGGCCAGGCGCCGUUGCUCCAAACCUCACCUCUGGGCCCCGACUUUGCCUUUCCGGGCCAGGGACUGUCUCGCGUCGUCGAGAUGAACAAGUACACCGCCGGUGGCGCCCCGAUAGAGGUGCAAUUCACCGGUUCCGCAAUGCACAAGGGAGGCUCGUGCCAGUUCUCGGUGGCCCCCGGCACCACGCCGCCUACCGACCCCAAGGCCUGGAAGGUCAUCUCGUCCAUCAUCGGCGGCUGCCCCGGCGAGACGGACGGCGAAGGUAACCUUCAGACCAUCGGGCAGGACCCAGAGGGUCGCCCGACCGCGAAGCAGUGCGGCUCCUUUGGCGAGAAGGAAUGCAUCAAGACCUUCAAGAUCCCGGUGCCCAAGGAGCUCGCGAGUGGUACCUACUCGUUCGCGUGGACCUGGUUCAACACCGUCGGCAACCGCGAAAUGUAUAUGAACAUGGCCCCCAUCGAGAUCUCGGGCGGCGCCAGCGAGGCUGCCGGCCAGACCUACCUCGACAGUCUCCCGUCAAUCUUUGUUGCCAACAUCAAGGGCAACCCCAUAAGCACGUGCACCACCUCGCCGGGCGUCCUGAACUUCCCCGAGCCUGGAAAGGUCGGCAUGGUCCUCCAGGCUCCCACGGCGGGCUCGUCUGGUAGCUGCCAGGCGCCUGCAGCGGAGCCCAGUUUCAGCCAGGACAUCCGCGCCAUGCAGGACGGUGGUGCCGCCCCGGCCCCGCCCUCGGGAGGCAGCGACGACAGCAACGACAGCAACGAUGGCGACUACGGGGACGAACCAGCAGGCGCUGCUCCACCCACCACUACCGAUCUGCCCGACAGUGUCUACAUCAACCCUCCUGCCACCCCCACCACCCUCGCCACGGUUGUCAAGGACCCCGAGACGGCUGCUCCCCCUGCCGGGACGCCCAUGCCGGCACCUGACGCAGGCACCGGUGGUCUUCAGGGUACCAAGGUCGCCUGUGCGACGGACGGCUCGCUCAUCUGCAUCGGCGCGCGUCAGUUUGGCAUCUGCAACUACGGCUAUGCGAUGCCGCAGGAUCUGGCGGCGGGCACCGUCUGUGCCGAUGGCAAGAUCGCCAAGCGCUCUGUGUGA